CACCAAAGCUCUAAGUGAAGAGUCAAUGGCUUCCAGCGUAAGCUGCAGGGCUGGAGAUGAAACUUGUAACGUAAGCUACAACCGUUUAAAACGAACAACCAAAGCGGUUACACAUACUUUCACUUCUACUCUCUCUCUAAAAAGAUCAGUUUCCCGCUAAUUUCCGUCUCUUUCUCAACUCUCCGUAGCAAAUCCUCGCCAAAUUCCCAUCAAUACUUUCCUCUUCUGAAAAAGAUCCGAAUUGAAUUUCUGUUUGCUUCUUUCUGCUACGACGCCGACGUUCUCUUGGGUCUUUACAGCUUAUACAGUUUUCGUUGAAAGAGGGGGAGCUGCUGAUAAUGGUGAAAGUUAAGAAGGAGGAAUUGUAUGAUGUAGAUUUUGCAGACCAAAUCAUAGAUGCUCCGCCUUGCUCAGUCUAUUAUGGCGCUGGUGACGCUGCUUUUCGUAGGAGGGCAACUGGACCAACUCGACAAUCAACUAAAGGACACUGGACAGAAGAAGAGGAUUAUAUUCUUACAGAAUCAGUUAGAAGGUUCCAUGGGAAGAAAUGGAGAAAAAUAGCUGAAUGUCUUCCUCAAAGAACAGUUUCUCAGUGCUUUACUCGCUGGAAUAGAGUUCUUAAUCCUGCAAUUGUCAAAGGAACUUGGACAAAAGAGGAGGAUGACAGUAUCAUAAAGUCAGUCAGAAAGCAUGGUCCUAGGAAAUGGUCUCUUAUUGCGAAGUCCUUGCCAGGUCGCUUAGGCAAGCAAUGCAGAGAAAGGUGGUACAACCACUUAGACCCGGCUAUAAGGAAAUCUUCAUGGACAGAAGAAGAGGAGUUGACUCUUACCUACUACCAUGGAAUAUAUGGGAACAAGUGGGCAGAGAUAGCAAGGUUUCUGCCUGGAAGGACUGAUAAUGCAAUAAAAAAUCACUGGAAUUGCAUAGUGAAGAAGAAGUUGGAUUCAGAUUCCCCUGCUUGCGCAGAGGAUCUGCAUAAAGUUGCUUCUCUCAAUUUCUGCAGUUGUGCAAUGAAAACAGAAAGCAAAGAGGUGAAGGAAGAAAGGCAGAAUCCUGAUGAAUUAGUCUCUGUUCAUGGAAGGAUGGGGUUAAAGUGUAGUGCUGAUACAGGUGCUUCAAAGUUGCUUUGUAGACUGGUUAACGGAGAACAAAACCAACUAGAAGCAAAACAUGGUGCAACUUUUAAGACUUCAGUUGGGAUGGAUGAAUUGAUGAAUGGAAUACAUUUUAGUGAUGUGGGUGCUAAUGGUUCUGUUGCAAUGAUUGAAUCUGGAAGAAACAAUAGCAAACAUGAUAUUUUAAAUAGCUCCAUGGAACUUCGUUUUGAUGUGUCUGCUUCCACUAGACCAUGUUGCAGUGCUCUUGAUGCUGCUGUUCCCUUUACCCUCAAUUCAACCAAAUCCCCUAACAGACUUAGAGGUCAUGAAUUUUGUAUUUUGCAUUCAGAAUUUGGAAACAAAACUGAGAGUUCACUUUCAUAUACUUCAACUUCUGCAACUGGAGAAGACAAGAGUGUCACUGAAAAGGAAGGUAAAUUUCCCAAAUUGAAUGUGCAUAUGCAAUCAGUAGACAGCAACGAGCAACGUCUGCAUCAUGAAUCAGCCCAUCCGAAGGACUUGGUUACUGAUUUAGAUGGUGCUCAACCUUCCAUCAUACAUCAUCAUGUCCUGCAUGCAAAUAGUCCAUUUUCUUGUUCUACUCCUAGUAACUGUGCUCGAUAUGCCUUUGUGAGUGUUAAUAGUCCAGAAUCUAUAUUGAGGAAUUCAGCUAGGACGUUUAAAAAUACUCCUUCUAUCAUAAGAAAGAGAGCUUACAAGGAGGCUGGUGUUGAUAAAUCUUCUGAUGUUGAUAAAUCUUCUGAUGUUGCAAGUACACCAUCAUGGAAGAUCUCCUGUACAAACUCUACUAGUGAAGAUAUCAAUAAUGCAGAUAUUCCGAAUGGGAAGCAAGGUUGUCUUUCUUUCUUCUGUAAGCCUGGUUCUUCUCUUGCUGUCAAAUCUCUGAGAAGACAACUGGACUAUGCAUUUGAGAUGGAGAGGGAUGCAGCUGCUGCUAAAUGUGGCAACCCUUUUCCUGCGACAGCGUCUCCAAAUAUUGAAUUCUUUUCAAAUGCAAUGGUGAUACCUUGAGGCAAUCAAAGAAAUUAAGUGGUUGAGUGUUAACUUCUUUUCCUGUGUUUCAUUGAUCAAAAAUAGACAAAAGUAUGCCUCUAUAUUUUUGCGUUUUAAUUCUUCUGAGCUUGCUAGAUUAGACUUUCUCAAUGAAAUUUUCUGCAGAAAUUAGAUGUUUUCA